AGAGAAGAAAAAACAUAUGACGUCGAAGAAGAUCAGAAAGUACGUGUCCCAUCGAAUGAGCUUCUUGAAGAUCUUUGCAUUCGAUUUGUUCUGAAUGCCCCUGAAGAAGAUCGACAGUCAUUCGAAAGAAUUUUGUUUCUUGUUGAGAGUGCUUAUUGGUACUACGAAGAUAACGUCGUAGAGAACGAUCCUAGGCUCAAGUCGCUGCCGUUUAAAGGGUUUACGUGCCUCGUAUUCAAAAGCUGUGAGCUGUUCAGUCCUUACCUUGCUCAUAUCGAUGACAUAUUCAGAGAUUUCAGUUCUUACAAGAGUCGAGUUCCGGUCGCGGGUGUGAUUAUCUUGGACGAGACAUAUGAACGUUGCUUGUUGGUCAAGGGUUGGAAAAAAUCAUCAACUUGGAGCUUUCCGCGUGGGAAGAAGAGUAAGGACGAAGAGGACUACGCUUGUGCUAUACGCGAGGUGUUAGAGGAAACUGGCUUUGAUGUCUCCGAGCUGCUUAAGAAAGAAGACUAUAUUGAGUUUACGUUCAGAGGAGAGCAAACAGUGCGGCUUUUCAUUGUCGCUGGUGUAAAAGAUGAUACAGCUUUUGCACCAUUGACCAAGAAGGAAAUCAGUCAAAUCGUAUGGCAUCCGCUUGAUCGGCUUGAUGAUGGAGGAGUUACUGGUCUCAAGUUGUACAUGGUGGCACCUUUUCUCGCAAAUUUGAAGUCAUGGAUAUCAAAGCAUCCGUCUUCUGUAGCACGGAGACCUGAGAAGCCACUUAAAUCAAUCUGCGUGUGGAAUGCAAAGACAACAACAACAACAACAAAAGCGGAAAGAAGCUACAAUAAAAGAGCCUCGAAACAGUCUCUGAAGUUCAACACAUUAGCGCUCUUGCCGGCCAAGGAACCAUGUUCUUCAGCUUGAUGUAUAUGGGUGGUCAAUUGGGAGCUAGAUGCAGUUGGAUUGGUGGGGUAUGUAGAGCAAAACAGUUGGAUAUGUUAAUUAUUUUUUCGCUAUUUUGUUUAUACCUCUCGUUUUUUUAGAAGGAAAGGUUUAAUUCUUGUACAUGAUAAUGCAUGGUUAGUAGGGACAGGUGUGAGAUCCUUUUGAUGAUGGGUUUAGAUAAGAAUGGUUGCGACCACCUCUUUUUGCUCUUUCAAGUUUUAUGUUCAAAUCUCCAAAGCGCCUGUCUAUUUUGCUCUUGUCUAGCCAAUAAUCUCAGUUUUCCUAACCUAAUUUUGCAUCUUUCAAUUACUUUUGAGUUUUCACAUAAAUGACUCUAGUUUCUCUUUACCUCAAAACGUUACGAGAAUAAAAUCACUAGAAAACCUACUUUUAUAUCCAGAAGAUUAUAACAUAAUUGAUCACAGGUUUCAAUACCAACUUCUAAACAAAUAUAAAACAUUUCAGACAAAGCUCACAUCUAUAUAUGGCUCAGAACAGUUUUAUUAUUCCUGAUAGAAGCAAACAACAAAUGGGUGUGCUCUUUAAGUAUAAGUCUUCGCAGUUGUUGCAUUGAUACCUCUCCUCUAGGCUCUAGCUUGUUGUGAUUUUGCUGAACCUUCACUCUCAUGGCCAGCUCUUUCUUACUCUGUUUUUGUUAUCUCUUGAACGUCUCUAUUUUGUUCUUACACUCUCUGUUUUAAUUCCGACGUAUCUCUCUGUUUUGCUUGUGUUUCACACUCUCUCUCUUUCUCUUUACUCUCUUUGUAUUUGUUCAUUCUUGUAAAGAAAAGAGAGAAUACUUUUAUGUCUACAUUGUUAACCUUUUCUCAUUAACCUCAAACAUACAAACUUACACAGUCGCACAACACAAACCCGGGUAGAUAUACAUCUAUGGAUGCUUAAUAAGCGCGCACACACACACACAAUCAAAGCCAUAUACAUAAACACAGAUUUCGACGACGACGAUUAGCCGUCUUGGAAACGAGAAUUCUAU